AUGGCUACCGCAGCAUCUACAGGUUCCUCGAGCAAGGAGACAACUAACUACGCUCGCCUAUGUCGUCUACUGGUUGAUGUGGGUACCCAGGCCCUUAGAGACACAUUUGAUGCCAUCCAUUCACCAGCCAAUCUUCACACAAUUUUGACAACUAAUAAAACCACCUUACAGUCCCUGAGAACAAGAAAAGUAAUAAACGCGACGCAAUGGGGAAAGCUCUUUCCAGCCAUCCCUAUUUCAGUUUCAUCGGCCAAUUUCGACAUCACACUGUUAAUGGUUCUGCUGCGAAACGUAUGCAGCCUACAUUCUCCUACAACAGGCUGGGAUACGCUUCCUGCUGUUACAGACUUAAGCCUUGAAGCUGAUAUCGCCCGCGUUAAAUAUUACAGAAACACUGUGUACGGUCAUGCUGAGUGCGCUUCAGUUGAAGAUGCGACAUUCAGCACAUGCUGGAGCGACAUCCGAGACACUCUGGUAAGACUUGGAGGUGUAAAGUACAAAUCAGCCAUUGAUAAUCUUGAAACUGAGUGCAUGGACCCUGAAUCUGAAGAUCAUUACAAGGAACUUCUCAGCCACCAGUGGAAGAAGGAUGAAGAAAACGUUAAAGAUAAACUGGAUGAAGUCAUCAAAAAGCUGGAUGAUUUGAAAACAUCAAGUUUGCCUCCAAAGAAGGACUCUGCGAUCGAAGGUGAGUCCACUGUGCUGGAGGGGCUGUCGGAGAACUCUGCGAUGUGUAGAGAAAAAGGCCAUGAGACUGAACUUUUGGAUCGCUAUUGUAACAACUGUAAAGUUUCCAUUUGCGGCAAGUGUGGAGAGACUCGUCACACUGAUCACACCAAGGUUAGUAUCCAACAGGCUGCCGAGGAAGAAAAACUGAUGUUGGAAGAGACUUUAGAACAAGUAAAAAUGCAAGUGAUUGACCUUGAGAUGCAAAUGAAAACAACGACAGAACUUUUAACAGUAAGCAAAGAAAAAAUCGCCAAAGCUCGUAAGAAUGUUUCGUCAACAAUUGAAGAACUCAUUCGUGUACUAAAGGAGCGUGAAAAGACCCUGUUGACUGAGUUAGACGUUAUUGAAAAAGCACAACAGAGAGAUUAUUCAACACAAUUAGAACACUUGCAAGCAUCUGUGAACGAAUUAAAAAGUUCGGUGAAGAAUUGCGAGGAAGUCCUUCGAAAAAACGUCAGCGUCGAAACUCUACAAGCACAACAGGCUGAAAUUGAAAGGUGUAAAGGUGUUGUAAAAGCAGCAAAAAAGGAGAUUUACAAGCCAUGCCACCUGUGCUAUCAGAAAGAUAAUGAGUACCACAAGAGGUUGACAGAUUCUGCUCCUGGUAAAGUUAUUGUUAGUGAAACCGAUCCCUCAAGGUCAUAUUUAGAGUGGAUUAGCUCGGAAAAAGCUGAAGCCGGAAAAAGUAAGAUCUUUAACAUCAUAACAAUUGAUUCAGAUGGGGAAAAGUGCUUCCAGGAAAUCGAUGAAAUCAAAGUGAGAAUUCAGAGUCCAACAGGAAUGGACUUCGAGCCCGAGUCACAUGACCGGUCAAGUUGGAGAUAUUCUUAUACUUUCAGUCCAUUCUGUGAUGGAGAACAUAAAAUGACAGUUUUAGUUAACGAUCAACCGCUUUCUGAAACUCCCCAGAGGCUCCUUGUGGCUCCAUACUGUUAUUCACUCGCCACUGAAUUACAGCCACGUAGAAAAGCUGGGCAAGUCAAAGAACCCUGUGCUGUCGCAAUGCACUAUAAGUCAGGGAAAUGGGUGGCCGUUGAUCGAAAGAAAAAAAGGGUGCAAAUUUUUGAUGAAGCUAGUAAAGAACUUUGUAUGUGUGAAGCAGUGCUGGAAGAUCCCACUUCAGUUGCAUUCACUCAAUCUGGUGAUGUUAUCGUCAUUUCCGCUGGUGCCAUGAUUUUUUUUACUUCUGGAGGUAAAUUUAUUGCACGCAUCAGCAACAGACACUUGAAAGUCCCAUUCUCACUGACUAUUGCAUGUGAUGGCCGCAUGGUAGUGUGCGACUCAGGUGACAAGUCAGUUAAGGUCCUUUCCUCUGACGGGACAGAAUUAUUACAGACCUUCGGUGCUCCAGACUGUGACGACUCCCCAUGGGAGGCUGUUUAUUACCAAGAGAAGUUCUUCGUGUCUUACCCCACAGCUGGUUGUGUUAAAACAUUUAACAAUACCGGUGACUUUCUUUACGAUAUUGGCGAUGAAAAAUCAGGGGAAAGACUGAUUGAGCCUCGUGGACUUGAUGUCGACGCCUUUGGCAAUUUGAUUGUUUGUGACGCAAAAAACAAGACUUUGAAAAUUUUCAAACUGGAGGGAAAAUUUUUAAAUGGGAUUCGCAACAACCAGCUCAAAUGCCCUUGGUCUAUUGCUGUCAGCUCAAGCAUUUCAUCGUUUAUCAUAGCUGAUCCGGUCAAAAAAAGCGUUAUACUCUUUGACUAG